AAUUUCGUAUUCCCCAAACCAAAUUCAAAACGUCUCCUCGAAGUCUCGCGCUCUUCCAUUUCCAUGCUUGAAAUGUUCAAGUACCUCGUCGGUUCCGCUGGAGCAAGCGGCUACGGCUCCAAAUCCACCGCCGAGGAAGUCAGUGAAUCUUGUAUGAACUCCAUCACCGCCAUAGUCACAGGAGCGACGUCGGGAAUCGGAGAGGAGACGGCGAGAGUCUUGGCCAAGCGCGGUGUAAGGAUCAUCAUUCCGGCUCGAAAUCUAAAAGCCGCUGAGGAAGCGAAGGCGAGAAUCGUGUCGGAAUCGGAUUGUUUUGAUCAUUCACGAAUCACGGUUAUGGCUCUCGAUCUUAGCUCUGUGAAUUCCGUCGUGAACUUCGUCUCCAAUUUCGAGUCGUUAAAUUUGCCUCUUAAUCUUCUCAUAAACAACGCAGGCAGGUUCUGUUACGAACAUGCGUUUUCUGAAGACGGAAUUGAGAUGACUUUCGCUACUAAUUAUCUUGGUCAUUUUCUCUUGACGAAACUUCUAUUGAAUAGGAUGAUAGAAACCGCCAAAUCGACAGGAGUCCAAGGCCGAAUAGUGAAUGUGACGUCCAACAUCCAUAGCUGGUUUUCGGGCGACAUAUUCGAAUAUCUCGGCCAGAUAAGCCAGAAAAACAGCAGAGUGUACGAUUCGACACGUGCUUACGCGUUCUCCAAACUCGCAAAUGUCUUGCACACUGUUCAACUCGCUCACAAACUCCAGGAAAUGAAGGCGAAUGUUACGGUAAACUGUGUUCAUCCAGGCGUUGUGAAAACCAAUUUGAACAGAGAACGUGAAGGCUUCGUCACAGAUUUGAUUUUCUACAUGACGUCCAAAUCAAGGUUGUUGAAGACAAUUCCGGAAGGUGCAGCAACAACUUGUUACGUAGCCACGAAUCGGAACGUGGAAAAUGUGAAUGGAAAUUACUUCGCGGAUUGCAACGACCAAGGAAGUUGCGAAUGCAAAACGAAAUCCGCGCAUUUGGCUGAAGGCCUAUGGUCCGCCUCUGAAACAAUCGUCUCCACACUUACCGGUAAGCCUCAACCCUAAUCUCAACCAUUCAAAUGAAUCAAUUGGAUUGUGUUCUUUACUGAGUUCAAAUAAAUAAUAAUCUUUAUAAAAAAUGGUUUAAAUUCGAAUUAAAUAAAAAAUAUUAAAGGGAUAUAAAAACGAAAGGUUUAAUAUCACACGCACACAGAAAAAAUAAGAAAACCCGAACCAAACCGUUGUUUCUUGGUUGCUGAUCCAAAUCCGAAAACCUUAUAAUUGAACCCUUCAAUCCAAGGUUAUAGUUUUAUAAUAAUUUAAUUUAUAUAUAUUUUUUAAAAAUUAAGCUUUUAUAAAUACUGCUUUUUUGUGUCUAAUUUAUAAAUUAGUAUUUUCCACACUUAAAUCUUUGUAAAGGCUAAGGAAAUUUUUGAAAAAUAUUUGAAGUAGUUUUAUUUUAUUUUUGUGAAAUUUUGUUAGGUUUACUAAGUGAACCAUUCUAAAAGAAAAAACUAAAAAAUUGUAUAAAAAUUAUUAAUAAAUCGGCCCAACAAUAUAGGCCACCCACCCAUUGAAUGGUUCAGUAAACCGGCCCAACUAAAUGGACUAAGGCCAGCCAAGAGACCAGACCACUUUUAAUCAAAUAAAUAAUAAGAAAAAUAUUAAUUAUAAAUUUAAUCUCUAAAUUUUGAUUUAUAUUUAU